UAAGAUAUGAAUUUCAUCGUAAGAAUCAUAUCUCAACUCAGCACUCAGACAAGCUCUAGAGCAGUGAAAUUAUUUCAUCUGUGAGAACAAAAAAUCAGCGCCGUGAAGGCAUCGCCAGAAACGCGCUUUGGGUUUGAACUUCGAAGUCUGGGUUACAUUGCAUUCAUACUCCUUACCUAUCAAAUUCCGAUAAACACUUUGACAAAUUGGAAGAGUUUGAUCGACAAUAUGGACGGCCCCCCUGUGGGCGAUAUCUGUUCCAUUUGCCAUGGAAGAUUCAACACCCCUUGCCAAGCAAAUUGCUCGCACUGGUUCUGCGGAAAGUGUAUAAUGCUUGUCUGGGAUCAUGGAUCACCCCUACAGCCGUGUAAAUGCCCCUUAUGUCGCCGGCAAAUCACUUUAUUAGUUCCUUCUGAGGUUUCCCCAAUUCAGCAAAGUGACCCCGAGGUUGAACGUGUUCUUAACAAUAUAAGGACUUAUAACCGUCAUUUUGGUGGCAACUCAACUGGUUUAAGUCAGCGACUGCAGGACCUUCCCUUUCUCCUACGGAGGUUGCUUCGGGAACUCCUCAAUCCACAGAGAUCUCUUCCUCUUGUCAUUAGAACACGUGUUUAUACUGCAUAUGAAGAUUUGCCCAUUUUGUGCGAGAGGCACACGACGUCCAAGUUGUCAACAUUUGAGGAUUUACAGUCCAUUAAGUCAAUGGGAUUUCGAGGAGAGGCUCUGGCGAGCAUGACCUAUGUAGGUCAUGUUACGGUCACCACCAUUACUAAAGGACAACUACACGGUUAUAGAGUAUCCUAUAGAGAUGGAGUGAUGGAGCAUGAGCCUAAGCCAUGUGCUGCUGUAAAAGGAACUCAGAUAACGGUUGAAAAUCUGUUCUAUAACAUGACAGCUCGGAGGAAGACACUACAAAAUGCAUCUGAUGAUUACACAAAGAUUGUGGACCUCCUAAGUCGUUUUGCUAUUCAUCAUAUAAACAUCAGCUUUUCUUGCAGAAAGCAUGGAGCUGCCAGAGCAGAUGUUCACUCAGUUGGGCCAACUUCAAGGUUAGAUGCCAUUCGUACAGUUUAUGGUGCAUCAGUUGCCCGCAAUCUAAUGAAAAUAGAAGUUUCAGAAAAUGAUGAAGCCUGUUCAGGUUUCAAGAUGGAUGGUCUAAUCUCCAACUCAAAUUAUGUUGCGAAGAAGAUCACAAUGGUGCUCUUUAUCAAUGGAAGAAUGGUGGAAUGCAGUGCUUUAAAAAGAGCUAUUGAAAUUGUUUAUGCUGCAACUUUACCCAAAGCAUCCAAACCUUUCAUAUAUAUGUCAAUUAUACUGCCAACUGAGCAUGUAGACGUGAAUGUUCACCCGACCAAAAAAGAGGUAAGCCUCCUGAACCAGGAAGUUAUUAUCGAGAGGAUACAAUCAGCGGUUGAAUCAAAAUUGAGAAGUUCUAAUGACAUGAGGGCAUUUCAAGGACAGGAUGUUGAAUCUUCUGAGGCUUGUCAAAUGGUUCUUAGCAAUGACGAUACUCAAAAUUCCUUGCAGUCUGGGUCAAAAUCGCACAAGGUUCCAGUGCAUAAAAUGGUUAGGACAGAUUCAACAGAUCCAGCUGGAAGGUUGCACGCAUAUGUGCAAAUGAAGCCUCCUGGCCUCCCCGAAUCUAACUUGACUGCUGUGAGGUCUUUUGUAAGACAGAGAAGGAAUCCAAAGGACUCUGCUAAUCUUACUAGCAUUCAAGAUCUUGUUGCAGAAAUUGAUAAGAAUUGUCAUGCUGGUCUCCUUGACACUGUACGACAUUGCGUAUAUAUUGGAAUGGCAGAUGAUGUAUUUGCGCUGCUUCAGCAUGGAACUCAUCUGUAUCUAGCGAAUGUUGUGAACUUGAGCAAAGAACUCAUGUACCAGCAAGUUUUACGUCGAUUUGCUCAUUUUAAUGCCAUACAAUUAAGCAACCCAGCCCCUCUGUACGAGUUAUUUAUUUUGGCACUGAAGGAGGAAAAUGCGAAUUCAGAGUGUGAGAAUGAUGAUUUUAAUGAGAAGGUAGCUGAGACGAGUACAAAACUGCUCAAGUUGAAAGCUGAGAUGCUGGAGGAGUUUUUCUGCAUACAUAUUGACAGAAAUGGGAAUUUGGCUAAACUUCCAGUUGUACUCGAUCAAUACACACCUGAUAUGGACCGUGUUCCUGAGUUUAUGCUUUCUUUGGCUAAUGAUAUUGAUUGGGAGGAUGAGAAAAUUUGUCUCCAGUCGAUUUCAGCUGCCAUCGGGAAUUUCUAUGCUAUGCAUCCUCCCUUGCUGCCCAAUCCAUCAGGUGACGGCUUGCAGUUCUAUAAAAGGAUAAAACCAUUCGGGAAUUCUGAAGAUGAAAAUAUAGGUGAUGAUGAGGUGGGAAUGGAUAACGAAAUUGACCAUGGACUACUAUCAGAGGCAGAAACUAUAUGGGCUCAACGUGAAUGGUCGAUACAACAUGUACUCUUUCCAUCAAUGAAGCUGUUCUUCAAGCCUCCACGUUCUCUGGCCGAAAAUGGUACUUUCGUUCGGAUUGCAUCAUUGGAGAAACUUUACAAAAUCUUUGAGAGAUGUUGAGGAAGUUUGAUCAACAUGGGGCUGCUUCUAGAAACAUGCCUGUUUCUUUUUGAAAAAAAUAUUUAGGUGCAUCUCAGGCAACAUCUAUCUUUGUGCAACCUACUUAAUUGUCCAACCACAUUUUGCUACGUGGCAAGUUCUUUUCCCUCUUCUUUUUUUUUCUUGUGAUUGGAGUAGACUACAAAAAAAAAGGUGUAAUCCCAGGAUGUACUUGAGUAUUGUUUCUUUUUUGUCUUCUUUUUGUAGCUCUUCUGCAAUUUGUAUAGUUGCCAUUUUGCAUGUAACAGCCUUUGAUGUUCUUGUAAAUCCUAAAGUACCUACAAGUUAUUCAGUUUUGCAA